ACCAGUCAGGUACCGGCGUUUGAAUUCAGAGCAAAAUGUUCUCCAAAAUCGUAGCCUUGUGCGGUUUGGUGGCGGUGUGCCAGGCUGGUCUCUUGCACCAUGCCCCGGCGGUGUCACACCAGAAUAUCGUGCACCACGAACAGCACCACCAGACCCCGGUGCACUACGUCCAAGCCGCGCCCGCUUACCAUGCCGCUCCCGCCAUCCAUGCUGCCCCGAUCCAUGCCAUCCAUGAAGCCCCCGCUGUCCAUGCCGCUCCCGUUCAUGCCAUCCACGCCGCUCCUGCUCACCACGAGGAGGAACACUAUGUUGAUGAAUACGCUCAUCCUAAAUACGGAUACUCGUACUCCGUUGAGGAUCCCCACACCGGCGACCACAAAUCCCAGCAUGAAACCCGUGAUGGUGAUGUCGUGAAGGGAGAGUACUCUCUGCUGCAGCCUGAUGGCUCCUUCCGCAAGGUCACCUACACCGCUGACCACCACAAUGGAUUCAACGCCGUGGUGCACAACACCCCGCCGGUCAUCCAUCAUCAUUAAGAAGGCCCGUGUACCCAAUCUGUGAUAUUAGAGUUAAUGUGUUGUAGUUUGGUCGCUAAGUCCAGUCCCUAAGUCUUCCAUAUGUUCUCAUUUCCAUUAGUGCGUAUCAUAUUUUGUUACGAAAUUUCGUAUUAUGUUACCUUGUAGCAAAUGAUUUACAAAGAGUAACCGCAUAUCUACAGAAACGCCCUUAUUACUCUUAGUGUUAUACUUUGUAGUACUAAACUGUUAGAACAUUCUUCUAGUUCUGGUUAUCGCUUUGUAAUAUCUAUUUAGUUAUUUGAUGCUUCUGUAAAUAGAUACUUGUUGUAUAUUAGUCAAAAUGUAGCAAAUAAAAAUCAUGUUGAUAAAAUUGA